CAAAGCUGUCAAGGAUUCAAAUUUUGAAUACUCGGAUCAAAGGUUUUAAGUUAUAUGAUUAAUUCCUUAAAUUCUUUACAUUUUUAAAUAUAUCCACAUAAUCGUCACCAUGGUAAAGAGAUCGAAAUCGAAGGUCACUGAACCCAAAACGGGGGUUCAAAAAAUGUUUGCGAAUCACGGACACGAUUGUACUCUAGAAGACAUAGCCGAAGAUUAUGACGUACAGUUCAUCCCAGGAACAUCGAAAUGGGCGAAAAUCAGACGAUUUUUUGUACGACUGAAGGUGGUUUCCGAAAUUAGCAAAUUUUAUACACACCAUUUAAGAAGUUUUGGAGCUAUUUCAAAAGAACGAAAACGACAGCUUAAGUAUUAUCCUUACACGAUUCACCCAUUCAGUACUGGCAGGGUGGUAUGGGCACUAAUAAUGAUUUUUGUGAUAUUAGACGAACUCGUCUGUUUACCAUUCCAUUACCUUUUAUUUGACUUCACACCGGAAAUACACCCUUUUGUAUCGGAUAUGAUAUGGCUGAGCAUUCGGUUAUUUUUCAACAGUUUCUUAUUAAUGAAUAUUGUGAUUAAUGCUAUGACAGGAUACUAUGACGAACCGAUGCAAAAAGUGGUUCUGGAUUUGAAGCUAAUUUUAAUCAAUUAUCUGAAAAAGACUUUCAUACUAGAUAUGUUAACUGCGUUACCUAUAUAUUGGGAAAUAUUUUUUAACGUCAGCAAAGACACAUUAUCGCUAAGUUUAUGGCUGGCAUUUUUUAGGUUUUUGUUAGUCAUUCCAUUCAACAAAUAUUCAAAGUUGGUAGCUGAUUAUUACAAUAUCGAACACUAUAAUUACAUGACAACUCUAGUGGUGUUUUACACAGUAAUAUUCUGGCAUGUAAUGUGCUGUGCUAUAGGAUUCAUAAGGACCAACAUACUUCACUACUGCCCUUCAACACAGUUAUUCGACGUGAAUACAAAGCAAAGAACGUGGAGUGGUAUCACGGACGACCCAGAGAACAGAGUGUGGGUCAGAUAUUUCAACGCGCUCCAUCACAAAUCAUUAUUACUAUACAACUCGGGUUAUGGAAAAGAAUUACCUCAAAGCGAACUGGAAAUUGUUCUCAUCUAUUCUGUCUGGUAUGGAUCGAGUCUGUUUUGCAUAUACAUAUUAGCCAUGAUUAUGGAAAUAAAUACUGGCAGGACUUCGUCAGCCCACAAAUACGAUGAAAUGGAGAAGCAACUGAGAGAAUACAUGCGCCAUAAGCAGUUACCAACCUAUAUGAGGAGCAGAAUACUAACAUAUUACGAAUUCAAAUUCCAAAAACGAUAUUUCAGGGAGAACGAGAUCCUAGCUACUAUAUCGGAACAACUUCGACAGGAAAUGAACAUGCAUGCUUGUCGCAAACUAGUGGAAAACGUGAUAUUUUUUCGAAAUCUGCCGCUGAAUCUCCUGGUACGCAUAAUCUCGUGUCUAAGGAUAGAAGUCUUCCUGGUAAACGAUGUGAUCAUACGCGCCAACACUCCUGGAGCUAGUAUGUACUUUAUAUCAACUGGAACAGUGGCUAUUUACACCAAGUCAGGAAAAGAGGUUUGCCAUUUAGAAGAUGGAGCCCACUUUGGCGAGAUAGCGCUACUGAUCAAAGACACAUUUCGGAUAGCUUCGGUCAUAGCUGUGGAAGUGUCGGAAAUCUAUCGGCUGGACCAGAAAGAUUUCGUGAAAGCUAUAAACCCCUACCCCGACCUUUUGGCGAACAUACAACAUAUCGCCGAAGAAAGGAUGGAAAUUUCCUCGAUGCUAGACGAAUACAACAGACGCGAAAUGGCUACGAAAAGAGGCACUUAUGUUGGUUAAAAUAAGAUUUACAAAUGUUUUCUUUUUCUUUUUAAUAAAUAAUGUGAAAUACAAUUAUGUCAAAUAA